CGGACGCAGAAUCGCGUAGUUUGAAGGGAUUUGUAACUUUUUCUCCAAUUUGAAACAAAAUGCCGUACGCAAAUCAACCGUCGGUCACUAUUUCCGAGCUCACGGAUGAGAACGUAAAGUUUGUCGUCGAAGAUACCGAGCUCAGUGUCGCAAACAGCCUGCGGCGAGUGUUCAUCGCGGAAACACCGACUCUUGCAAUCGACUGGGUGCAGCUGGAGUCGAACACCACCGUUUUGGCCGACGAAUUUCUGGCCCACCGCGUCGGGCUGAUCCCACUGAUCUCGGACGAGGUGGUCGACCGCAUGCAGUACAGCCGUGACUGCCCGUGCUUGGACUUCUGUAACGAAUGCAGUGUCGAGUUUACGCUCGACGUGAAGUGUAGCGAGGAACACACACGGCACGUGACGACGGCCGAUCUCAAAUCUAGUGAUCCGCGCGUUCUACCCGUCACCUCCAGGCACCGGGACGACGAAGACAACGAGUAUGGGGAAGGGACGGACGAAAUCCUGAUCAUUAAGCUGCGCAAAGGGCAGGAGUUGAAACUGAAGGCGUACGCCAAAAAGGGGUUCGGCAAGGAGCACGCCAAAUGGAAUCCGACGUGUGGCGUAAGCUUCGAGUACGAUCCGGACAAUGCGAUGCGACACACGCUCUACCCGAAACCCGACGAGUGGCCAAAAUCGGAGCACACCGAACUGGAUGACGAUAAGUAUGAGGCGGACUACAACUGGGAGCUGAAACCGAACAAAUUCUUCUUCAACGUCGAAUCAUCCGGAGCGCUGAAGCCGGAGAACAUCGUGCUGAUGGGUGUGCAAGUGUUGAAGAACAAACUCUCCAACCUACAAACGCAGCUCAGCCACGAGACUGAUGUGUUGGCCAUUUAAAU